GCGUGGGCUUGGUCAGAAAAGUAUCUCUGAAGAAAGUCAUUCUUGAGUUGCGUAGUCUGCACAACUUUUUAAAUGAGCUUGCUCAGUAUUCCCGUCAAAGGCAACUUUACACACGCGAGGAGCUGUAAAGCUGAACUUGUUCCAUGGUUAACCUCAUCCCUCAGAGUAAAGCUGUGUACUUUUUGCUUCCUGUGCCGUAUUUAAUUAUCAUUAACCCAUAACAGCUAUUGGAAUUGGAAUUUAGCUUGCUGGUUGUCCGCUGCGGAAGACAUAAGAGAAAAUAGCUGACCUCUUUUGCAGCUGCCAAUGUGAAGUAUUGGAGGAGCAUUGUCUGAAACUUUCUGGGACAGAGAGGACUGUUUUGUUGCCUAUUACUCUUUGAUUUUAAUAAUAAGAAGAGCCUCAAAGUAUUGUGAGUAAAGACGAGGAUUUCUCCUCCUAUCAAGGGCCUGUCAUGGAUGAAGAGACUCAGCACAGCCUUGAAUGCAUCCAGGCUAAUCAGAUUUUUCCCAGGAAGCAGCUGAUCCGAGAGGAUGAAAACCUUCAGGUCCCGUUCAUUGAACUUCAUGGUGAGAGUACAGAGUACGUAGGACGAGCAGAGGAUGCCAUCAUUGCACUUUCAAAUUACAGACUUCACAUCAAAUUCAAGGAGUCUGUUGUGAAUGUUCCAUUACAGCUUAUAGAAAGUGUUGAGUGCCGCGAUAUAUUUCAACUUCAUUUGACUUGCAAAGACUGCAAAGUUAUAAGGUGUCAGUUCUCUACUUUUGAGCAGUGUCAAGAUUGGCUUAAGCGACUGAACAAUGCCAUCCGCCCACCUUCAAAGAUAGAAGACCUUUUUUCAUUUGCCUAUCACGCUUGGUGUAUGGAAGUGUACGCCAGUGAAAAAGAACAACACGGGGAUUUGUGUCGGCCAGGAGAACAUGUAACUUCAAGGUUUAAAAAUGAAGUUGAGCGGAUGGGUUUUGAUAUGAACAAUGCCUGGAGGAUUUCCAACAUCAAUGAGAAAUACAAGCUCUGUGGUAGUUACCCACAGGAAAUCAUAGUUCCCGCCUGGAUCACGGAUAAAGAGCUAGAGAGUGUGGCAAGCUUUCGGUCCUGGAAACGUAUCCCUGCUGUUGUGUACAGGCACCAGCCUAAUGGAGCAGUUAUUUCCCGCUGUGGACAGCCUGAGGUCAGUUGGUGGGGCUGGAGGAAUGCAGAUGAUGAACACCUUGUCCAGUCUGUAGCCAAAGCCUGUGCCUCAGAUUCAAGGUCCAACAGUAAUAAAUUAAUGAAUGGAAAUUGUUCCAGAGAUUUCUCCAAUGGAGGGGAUCUCUCUGAUGUGGAAUUUGAUUCCUCAAUCUCUAAUGCUUCAGGAGCAGAGAGUUUGGCAAUACAGCCUCAGAAGCUUUUGAUCUUAGACGCACGAUCCUAUGCAGCAGCUGUGGCUAACAGAGCCAAAGGUGGAGGCUGUGAGUGCCCAGGUAAGCAACAAAGUUGUCCAGUCUUGUUCAUGGGGAUGGCAAACAUUCACUCUAUCCGGAAGAGCUUUCAGUCCCUGCGUUUGCUCUGCACACAAAUGCCCGAUCCAGGAAAUUGGUUAUCAGCUCUGGAAAGUACCAAAUGGCUGCAGCACUUAUCUGUGCUUCUGAAAUCUGCGCUACUUGUAGUUCAUGCCGUGGACAGAGACCAGCGACCAGUCUUGGUGCACUGUUCAGAUGGCUGGGACCGUACCCCACAGAUAGUGGCGCUGGCCAAAUUACUGCUAGAUCCGUAUUACAGGACCACAGAGGGUUUCCAGGUGCUAGUGGAGACGGAGUGGCUGGAUUUUGGCCACAAGUUUGCAGAUCGCUGUGGCCAUGGUGAGAAUUCGGAUGACCUAAAUGAGCGCUGCCCAGUGUUUUUACAGUGGCUGGACUGCGUCCAUCAGCUCCAGAGGCAGUUUCCUUGCUCUUUCGAGUUUAACGAAGCAUUCCUUGUCAAAUUGGUGCAGCACACCUAUUCUUGCCUCUUUGGUACAUUCCUGUGCAACAAUGCGAAAGAGAGAGGAGAAAAACACACGCAGGAACGGACCUGUUCUGUCUGGUCUUUGCUGCGGGCAGCAAAUAAAGCCUUCAAAAACCUGCUCUACUCCUCCCAGUCUGAAUCUGUGCUGUAUCCAGUGUGCCAUGUGCGUAAUUUAAUGCUCUGGAGUGCUGUUUACCUGCCAUGUUCUUCCCCCUCUACACCUGCUGAUGACACUUGUGCCCCAUACCCUGUUCCAGGCUCCAGCCCUGAAGAUCAGCCUCUGGGCAGGUUACCAAAGACAAGAUCAUUUGACAAUCUGACGACAGCCUGUGAUAGCAGCGUGCCUACAACCAAUCGACGUAGUAGUGAUCCUAGCUUAAAUGAAAAGUGGCAAGAGCACCGUAGGUCUCUGGAGCUGAGCAGCCUUGGUAACCCAGGGGAUGAUCCGUUUGACGGAGACAGCCUGAGCAAACAAGGCAGGGCUCCAGUUGGAGCGGAACUUUCUGUUGCAGCUGGAGUGGCAGAGGGACAGAUGGAGAACAUUUUGCAAGAGGCCACUAAAGAUGAUGUUGGUCUGGAGGAGCACGUAAGGGGUAGCCUAGAGACAGUAGCUAAAGAGGAUGAGAUUGCGCUGGAUAAGAACAGAGCUGAAAAUCUAUAUGGGUAUGCCAGUGACCUCUGUGAAAAGAUGGAGAUGGAUAAAGGUGUUGUAAUGAACAAUCCAGUGUCCAAUCCACAUCCGGUUUCACUAGGUGCUUCUGAGCUUAAAGGACAACAGGACGAGCAUACUGAUCUCAUUAACACUACCCAGAAGUUACCUCAGGUGAAAGGACUACAGACCGCUCCUUUGGAGAGUUUUGUAAAUAGAGAUGCUCCAAAGAAUGCGGAGGAAGAUGUUAGCAAGCUUGAAGGAGAAACAGAGGGUCUGUAUAAUACACCACAGGCCAGCCUUCCAUUACCUCUCACAAUCCAACACGAGGCAAGAACACCUAACAUUGAAAGUUCUACUGAAACCUUAACAGAGAAUGAAACAAAGCAAGAGCUGAUUCCUAAAGGUCUUUGCCAUAGACCUCAUUUGAUCGACAACAGUGCUGAUGAACUUUCUCCAACUAUUGAAAAUAGGCCAGAGGGGGAAAACAUGCUAGAGCCGCAAAAACUGGGAACAAAAGUAAAUAGGACUUCUAGUAGCAGCAGAACACACAUCCCAAUGCCUUCCCCUUGUGCCUUGCCUUUAGCUGAAUGUAAAGAUGAAAUUGUGUGUAACGGAGAGCUGGAGCCUGAGAACAAGGUGACAGAGAAGCCUAUGGGGUUUAGAAUUACCCAGAAAUAUCCUGCGACAAAUGGCCAUUGUGUGAACGGAGAGGACAGUAGGCUCAAAGCUUCUCUGAGUCGGCAGAUCUCUACAGCUAGCUGUAGUUCUGCUCAGUUUCACUUGAGGAACUUGCACCAAAAAUGGAUGUCUAGUCAUCUUGGGAAGCAGCACACAGCUAGCAGCCCAGACCAACCUGCCAGAAGUCACCUGGAUGAUGACGGGAUGCCUGUCUACACCGAUGUUAUCCAACAGCGCCUGCGCCAGAUAGAAACUGGGCAUCAGCAAGAAGUGGAGACUUUGAAGAAACAAGUGCAAGAGCUGAAGAGCCGGUUGGAGAGCCAGUUCCUGAAUAGCUCCUUGCGUCUCAAUGGUGAUUAUGGAGAUGACGUGACUUCUAUACCCGACUCGGAAAGCAAUCUGGAUCAGAACUGCUUGUCUCGCUGCAGCACAGAGAUUUUCUCUGAAGCCAGCUGGGAACAGGUGGAUAAACAGGACACAGAGGUGACACGAUGGCUUCCAGACCACCUCGCUGCACACUGCUACGGCUGUGAGAGUACGUUCUGGCUUGCCAGCAGGAAGCACCACUGCAGGAAUUGUGGAAAUGUGUUUUGCUCCAGUUGCUGUAACCAGAAGGUGCCAGUUCCUAGUCAACAGCUCUUUGAACCCAGCAGAGUCUGCAAAUUGUGCUACAGCAGCUUGCACCCGAGUAGUUCCAGCCUUGAUCUUGAACUGGAUAAACCCAUCACUGCCACAUCAAACUAAAGCUCCAGCCUAGAAGAAACAGGGGAACAGCCGUGUUGACUCUUCCCCAGACAGACACGCACAGUCUUGGUGGGAGGAGACUGGGAGGACUGAAGAAGCCGUGCACUUUGGAGUUUGGGGCAUGGAACACUGCUCGGCGGGACAGAAAUCUAGGAUGAACCACUGGAUUGUGGAAUUCUCUGUUUCCAGCUAUUCCCCCUCUCCUUUCUGUCCUGUUUGUGUGCAUGCGUGCAUGUGUGCGUGUGGGUGGAUGUGUGCGUGGCGCGCGCGUGUGUGUAUAUAUAUAAUAAUAUAUAUAUGUAUGUUUGUUUGCUGGAAGAUUGUGAAGUGGGAAGGGAGCUGGCACCAGAACCAGAUCCCUGUAGGUCCCACUGUUGAACUGUGUUGCAGACAAACUAUUUUACGGAGGAAAGGAGAAGAGGGGAAUCAGUCCAGAGCCGGUGUGCAAAGUGUGAAUACCUAUAGCAUCAAUGCUAGUGCUUUCAAUCACUCCUGUUACUUCCAAACAAGAAACUGCUGUUUGGGAACCUGUUGCUGCUAGAAGAAAUGGGAAACUCUUUCCCAAGAGAGCACUCUCUCUCUCUGUUCUUGAGAGUGGGCUUAGUUAUCCUCACUGCGUGAAGGGGAAAUCAAUCACAGAUUUCCAUACUCAGCGGCUCUGUAUUUACAUAUAUAAUCUACGUGUUUUAUUGCCAUAAGCCCUGUUAGCUGUGGCUCUCAGUGGAAACAGCUGGACAACUUUGGCUAAGGAAAGUGCGCGUUUGUUUGAGAGAGGUGAGAAGAAGGGGAUUGAACAGGCUGCCGAGCUGAGAUUGGUUUUACACUGGCGCCUCUUUCUGAAGCUCUGUAAAUGCAAUUCAUUAUUUAAAAACAAGUGGGAAAGUAGACGACCUUAGACUGCUAUCCUUGCCCCAUCUGUCGGAUGGUUUACUCAGAAUGCAGAGCUACUUUUGGAGCGGUGCGCUUGUCGUGGUUCAUACAGAUUGUCGUACUAUUGAUUAGACUCGCACUUUAAUGAGACUAUCCAAAGCAACUAAAGAACAACUGUGCUGUGCUGGUAUUUUAACUAGGCUCAGUCCCUGAGAAGUGCACUGACGUUUGCAGUACUCCUGGGAUGUUUCCUCCUUUUUCAGUCUAUAUUCAGUAUACUCCAGAUAGGAAAAUCCUGCCUGAGGAUUAGAGACCUAAAAAAAGAUCAUCAUGGAUUCCUCUUCUUCCUUCUGUCCCCGUCUGAGUCAGCUUAUAAAGUCGCUUCAUUAAAGUGUUAACCGUCUUGAAUAUAUGUUUCUAAAUGAGAGCGUUAGGUACUCAUCCCCUUUUCCUUGUGGUAGAGCUUGUUUCGUGCAAUCUGACAAGGAAGAAACGUGUAUGAUAACACCCUGCUUCACAAUUUAUUGCCGAGACAAAGUUACGACUUCUCUUGUGAUAUUCUCAAGAUCAAAGAAUCCCGCUGGAGUAUUCGAAAGUUUCAAAUACAAGAGCUCAAAAAAAAAUCUAACAAGUAUUGGGAAAGGAGUGCUUCCCUUCAGUGGAACGUCAGGAUUAUAUAAUCCAAGGUGUGUAUCAUACAGAGAAAGCCAUCUUAGAAUAUUUGUUCGAUCGGAUGGGGAAAGAAGUGUCCGGGUAAUUUAUUUUUGAUGUUUAAACUUCCCACACCCUUUGGGAGGAUCAUUACACUGCUGCAGUGUAAGCUGAAGAUUUACAAGACAAACAUGAAUGUCCAGGAGGCUGGUUUAGCAUAGCGGCCUGUGUCCUUAUGGGAAGGGGAUCUGGUAAUGAAGCAUCUUGGGAUCUUCCCUGGUACAUGUUUUGAAAUGUUUUCAAAUCAUCAGGAGGGAAAAGCAAAGAAAAAGACAGGGUCUGCGGUCGGAGUUGUAGCUGUAAGUAUUUCUUCCUAAAACAAGUGCAGUAAAUAUCUGGAAUAGAAGUUUAGGCAUUACUGUUUCAGGUAAAACAGAGGAAGGUGGAACAGGAAAAGGAUGAUAUGCAGCUCCUGUCUCUCUGGCUUUUCCACUGAGGUGGGUGAUUAGAAGAUUGAUUUUAGGGGACAUGGUAUAGUUCUACACACUAACAUUGUGUGGUUUUGUGGUGCAAAUAGACAGUCAAAAAUAAGUCUAAGAUUCUGCAGUUCCUAAUGACAGGUGCCAAGAGGGUAUGAUACGGGUUUUUUGGGUCUGUGAUGUACAGUGUGAAUAAACGCUUGCAGCUCUUAGUCUUUUUUGGAUCAACGAAGCACUUUUUUAUUAAUAUUAUUUUUCUUUGUAUGUAAAGGAGGAACCAGUAUCUCUCAAUAGCUGUAUAUAUAACCCUUCUCUCCUAAAGAGAGUAAAGUGCUCCUAUAUUUUUCAUUUUUGUCAAAGCAAGAAGUAAAUACUUUAGGAUUGUUAAAUAUAUAAAUAAAAGUGAAUAAAGUUUAGAAUUUUGCAUGGGAGCAUUUGCUAACACACUUUCUAAUUUUUUA